GUUCUGUUGUCCAAAUCUGGUUCCUCUGGGGCUUUUGGUGUGAAAGCCCCCAUUUUAUUUCCUUGCUGCUACUGCUGCUUCCUCUUUUGCAUUUAUAUAUGUGUAUGUACCCAUGAGUUCUGCCACUAGCUUCAUAGUCAUCACUGAGACUGGAACAGGAGCAAUGAUUUCUGCCUGCACCCUCAGCCUUUUGUUUGCUGCUGCAUUCCUGGCUGCUCCUUUAGAGAACCAAGAUAGCUGUGGCUACCCCCCUAGGUUAUUUUCUGCUGAGUUAAUGGAUGAAUAUAAAGAAAAAGACUUCUUUCCUGUUGGAUCAACAGUGAAAUACAAAUGUCGUCCAGGUUAUGUGAAAGCCCCAGGGAAUUAUACUAGUACAUGCCAUGGAAACCAGCAGUGGUCAGAAGUUCUGGAGCCCUGUCAAAGAAAGUCAUGUGGAAAUCCAGGAGAACCAGUGGGUGGCAGAUUGCUUGUAAAAGAAGGUUUUCUCUUUGGUUCCACUGCAAAUUACCAGUGUGAGGAAGGGUACAAGCUGAUUGGCAAGUCUUCCAGAAAGUGCAUAAUAUCUGAUAACAAAGUGGUAUGGACUGGUGAUCUUCCCCACUGUGUGAUUAUUCAAUGUUUUCCACCACCAAAUAUUCCCCAUGGCAAACACACUGGAAAACAUUUGGAAGAUUUCUUCUAUGGGACAGCUGUAACAUAUAUGUGUGACAAAGGAUAUCCCCUUAUUGGAAAUGCCUCUAUCUACUGUACUACUAAGGACGGGACAAACGGAGAAUGGAGUGGCCGUGUGUAUUGUGGAGUGACGCAGUGUCCAUCUCCUCAGAUUAAGAAUGGAAGGAUUGUGGCUGGAAUUUCCAGCACCUACAGAUAUAACCAGAAGGUUAGCUUUGAGUGCAUUGGGGGCCACAAGAUGGUUGGCUCCAGAGAGAUCCAUUGUGAAGUGGAUGGUACGUGGGACCCUCCCGUACCUCUCUGUGAACGGGUUUCCAGUUGUGUGACUCCAGACAUUCAGAAUGGAAGAAUGAUUAGAUCCAAAGCAAAUAAUCAAACUCUAUCAACAAUUACAUUUGAAUGUGAUCAUGGCUACACCAUGAAAGGCAAUCGUACAAUUCAGUGUCAACAUGACAACACAUGGGAUUUUCCAGCACCCAUCUGUGUCAGGGUGCUGCAAUGCCAGCCACCCCCAGACAUUCAAAAUGGGACUCGCAGCAACCAGGAAAGAACAGGAUUUCCCAGUGGAAUGCUUGUGAAAUAUACAUGCAAUCCCGGAUACGCUCUGAUUGGAGAGGCAACUAUUCAUUGCAUGGACGAUGGCAGAUGGUCUUCUCCUGCCCCUAACUGUGAAGGAGGCAACUGUGACUCCCCCAUUAGAUUAGACUUUGCAGAGCUCACUGAUGAGUAUAAGAAAAUGAAUUCCUUUCCUGUUGGGUCAUCGGUGAAAUACAAAUGCCACCCAGGUUAUGUUAAGCAUCCUGGAAUGAAUGCCUCUGCUACCUGUCUCAGGAAUCAGGUGUGGUCAGAAGUUCAAGAAUUCUGUAAAAAAAAAUCAUGUGGACAUCCAGGAGAACCAGAAAAUAGCAGGCUGAUUGUAUCAGGAGAUUUUCUCUUUGGUUCCACAUUAAAUUAUACUUGUGAGGAAGGGCAUAAACUGAUUGGCCAGUCUUCCAGACAAUGUGUCAUAUCUGGAAAAAAAGUAGAAUGGAGUGGUGUCCCUCCUAAAUGUCAGCGAAUCUUAUGUUCAUCACCACCAAAUAUUCCCCAUGGCAAACACACUGGAAAACAUUUGGAAGAUUUCUUCUAUGGGACAGCUGUAACAUAUACGUGUGACAAAGGAUAUCCCCUUAUUGGACAUGCCUCUAUCUACUGUACUACUAAGGACGGGACAAAUGGAGAAUGGAGUGGCCGUGUGUAUUGUGGAGUGACGCAGUGUCCAUCUCCUCAGAUUAAGAAUGGAAGGAUUGUGGCUGGAAUUUCCAGCACCUACAGAUAUAACCAGAAGGUUACCUUUGACUGCAUUGGGGGCUACAAGAUGGUUGGCUCCAGAAGAGGUACUUGUGGCCCUCCUAUUGUGUUAGACUGGGCAGAUAUCGCAGAUGAAUAUAAACAAAUUAAGUCUUUUCUUCUGGGUUCAACUGUGAAAUAUAUAUGUCAUCCCGGUUAUGUUAGGAAUCCUGAACUGAAGGCCACUGUUACAUGUAUUGGCAAUCAGGUUUGGUCAGAAAUUCAAGAAUUCUGUCAAAGAAAAUCAUGUGGACAUCCAGGAGAACUGGCGGGUGGCAGAUUGCUUGUAACAGAUUAUCUCUUUGGUUCUACUGUAAAUUACCAGUGUGAGGAAGGGUACAGGCUGAUUGGCAAGUCUUCCAGAAGGUGUGCACUGUUUGGUGAAACAGUCGCAUGGACAGAUGAACUUCCUUACUGCCAGAUGAUGCAGUGUCCACCUCCUCAGAUUAAGAAUGGAAGGAUUGUGGCUGGAAUUUCCAGCACCUACAGAUAUAACCAGAAGGUUACCUUUGAGUGCAUUGGGGGCCACAAGAUGGUUGGCUCCAGAGACAUCCAUUGCCAAGUGGAUGGUACGUGGGACCCUCCCGUACCUCUCUGUGAACAGGUGACGCAGUGUCCAUCUCCUCAGAUUAAGAAUGGAAGGAUUGUGGCUGGAAUUUCCAGCACCUACAGAUAUAACCAGACGGUUAGUUUUGAGUGCAUUGGGGGCCACAAGAUGGCUGGCUCCAGAGAGAUCCAUUGCCAAGUGGAUGGUACGUGGGACCCUCCUGUACCUUUCUGUGAACAGGAAUCACAGUGUCCCUUCCCUCCAAGCAUAGCCAAUGGAAAACAUGAUGGCUUGGCUCUGCAAAUGUUUAUUUCUGAAAGCUCUGUGACUUAUUCUUGUGAUCUGGGCUAUUUCCUUAUUGGAAAGUCAUCUAUUACCUGCACACUUUCUGAUCAGUGGCUCAGUCUGCUCUACUGCCUUUCACGGGGAUCGGGGUGGCUCGGGCAGCACAGACGUCUUGAAUGUAAUAAUUUGGGUGGGAUAGGAUUUGAGAUGCAAACUGACAUUGUGGUAAUCCAUUUGCAUUGCUUUUUCUCUGUAGGCUGCCUUGCCCCACAAGGUAUCGCCCAUGGCAAACACAAGGCUAUUUUGGAAGAGUUCCCCUAUGGCUCCUCGGUGACUUAUCAUUGUGAUCCGGGCUACUCUCUUAUUGGAGCGCCAACCAUUUACUGCCAGACUUCUGGAACGUGGGACCAACCUGUCCCUCAGUGUAAACGCAGAGAAUUAGCCACAAGCUGUGUAACUCCAGGAAUUCAUAAUGGAAAAAUAAGAUCUCAAGAAGUAAUUAAAUCCAUAGUAACAGUUACAUUUGAAUGUAAUCCUGGCUAUAUCCUGAAAGGGAACCGUACGAUUCACUGCCAGCCUGACAACACAUGGGACUCUCCAGUACCAAUCUGUGUCUGGGAGGUUGAGUGCAAGGCACCUCCAAAUAUCCAAAAUGGGGCUCACAGCAACCAGGAAGUAGCAGUAUUCAAAAGUGGAAUGUGUGUGAAAUACAGAUGUAACCUUGGCUACACUCUAAUUGGAGAUGCUACUAUUCAUUGCACAGACUCUGGCACGUGGACCUUUCCUGUCCCUCACUGUGAAAAAUCACAGUGUCCCUUCCCUCCAAGCAUAGCCAAUGGAAAACAUGAUGGCUUGGCUCUGCAGAUGUUUGCUUCUGAAAGCUCUGUGACUUAUUCUUGUGAUCUGGGCUAUUUGCUUGUUGGAAAGUCAUCUAUUACCUGCACACCUUCUGGAAACUGGAGCCUUCCCGUGCCUUCCUGUGAAGUGAUGCAUUGUCCGCCACCCCCAAAAAUCACCCACGGGAAGCAUUUUGGAGAAGACUUCACAUAUGGGAAAUCAGUAAUCUAUAUUUGCGAUGCCGGCUAUUCCCCCAUUGGAAACUACAGUAUCACAUGCGUUUGGAACAGCUCAAACUCUGUAAAGUGGAGCGAAGGCCCCAGAUGCCAAGGUCCUUUGUCUCUUAUUUUUUGCAGAUCAGUGGCUCAGUCUGCUCUACUGCCUUUUACGGGGAUCGGGGUGGCUCAUAUGGCAGCUACCGAACUCUCAGAUGAUUCCCGGAUAACCAAGGAUGGGAAUAAUCAAAUAAAAAAAAUAACUAGAUCAUUCAGAAAAAACACAACACCCUCAGAAAUCAACAAAAUAACCACCAACGGCUUGGCAACCACCUUAACCCCAGGUCUCAGAGCAAAGCCAGAUGUUCAAAGACUUCCGGAACAACUGAAUGAUGGGAACCAGACAGAACACCAGAAGGAUGCUCUUCCAGAGGGCAGACGUUGUAAUGGAGAAGUGGUCGGCUGCACCCUCCCACAACUUUCUGACAGCGAGAAGGCAGAAACAGAAACUAUGAUUCAGAUUGGAGCUAAUGUGACUCUGGAAUGUGAAAAUGGUUAUGACAGGAAUGGUACUUCUCCUAUUCGAUCUCAGCAGACGGGAUUGGAUGCUCCCGUGCCAGUUUGUUCAGCAAGUAAACAAAGCUCCUACAAUUUUACUACGGUUUUUGGUAAGUAA